UUGUUCUUUAUGAUCCGAUCGGUCAUUUCCGUGACAGACGACGUCACGUCGUAUAAGCCCGCCUCUUCUCCUUGGAGAAGAAGCGUCGCCAUUUUAAGUGAAUGAGUUUCAUUUCACAUCGCAACUGUAGGACGGAGAACCUCAGGAACGUUUUCAACCUGUUUCUCUUUUAAACUGUUAAUGGGGAAUUGACUACUAUGAACUGAAUCUCUUCCUAAAGCCAAUCAACAAGUAGAUCAAAGUCAAGUAACGCAUAAGACAGUUGAUUUUUUGCACUGAAUGUAGUACGUUAGAGGAAAUGGCUGUGGAAAGCAUGACUGUCCAUCCAAACUCCCCAACAGCCAACCACGAACACAACAGCCUUCUCACUGACGAAAGGCAAGAAGAUGGGGAACUGGAAGAAGGCGAGUUGGAGGACGAUGGCGGAGAGGCAGAGGUGCCCAGCGGUGAGGGAGCUGAUCCUCAGGAUAAACCUCGCCACAGCAAAGAACGUCAUGCCAGUGAAUCGGAUGAUGAAAAGUCACAUCGGCGCAGGAGAAAGAGAAAGAGGGAGAGAGAGCGUGAAAAAGAAAAAAGGAGGGCCAAGAAAAAGCGUAAAUCAAAGCACAAGCGUCACGCAUCCUCCAGCGAUGACCACUCAGACUACAGUGAUGACUCGGAUUACAGUCCCAGUGAAAAGAGGAAAUACAGGGAAUACAGCCCUCAGUAUCCUCCCACUUCUCAAGGAGGUUACCCUCCUGCUGCCUCUGGUCAUGGAGGUCCCAUGCCAAAGAAAGGUGGCUAUAUGAAGAUGGACAAGCAGGGGUAUGGUGGCUAUGAUGACUAUGAGGAGGAAACAUAUGAAGGCGAAGAGGAUGAGGACAUGGGUGAUGAUGACUAUGAUGAUUUCGCCAAGGAAUUAAACCAAUACCGCAAGGCCAAAGAGGUUGGAGGCGGUCCACGUGGCAGAGGUGGCAAAAACCGCAUGAAGAACCAGAGAGGUCGAGGCAGAGGAGGAAUGAGGGGGCGUGGUGGGAGAGGAGGUGGCAGAGGGAGAGGACGGGGCAAAAUGGGAGGAGAGAAUGAUGAUGGUGAUGGGAUGUAUGGAGAUGAAAUGGAGUAUGGAGAUGAUGACUAUGACAACAUGGGAGACGAUGACUUUGAUGACUAUUCAAAAGAACUAAACCAGUACAGGAAAUCGAAGGACAGAGGGAGGGGUGGAAAAGGUGGACGAGGUCGUGGGAGAGGGAAAGGAGGUCGAGGAAUGAACCGGGGCAGAGGGAGAAAUCGAGGGAGGGGCCGUGGAGGAGACCAAGGUCCUGAUGAAGAUAACGGCGGAGAAAUGGACAUGGGCGAUGGAUCUGGAGGCCCAAGGAGACAUGAACAGGAGAAACAUGGGCCGGACAAGAAGGGGAAAGCCAUUUGUAAAUACUAUAUUGAGGGCCGCUGUACUUGGGGUGACCACUGUAACUUCAGUCAUGACAUUGAGCUGCCUAAGAAGAAAGAACUCUGCAAGUUUUACAUCACUGGCUUCUGUGCACGAGCAGAAAACUGUCCCUACAUGCAUGGUGAUUUCCCUUGCAAGUUGUUCCAUACCACAGGGAACUGUGUGAAUGGCGAGGAGUGCAUGUUCUCUCAUGAAUCCCUAACAGAAGAUACUCAAGAGCUGCUGGAUAAGAUGCUGGCAGAGGAUGCAGAAGCUGGUGCAGAAGAUGAGAAAGAGGUUGAGGAACUGAAAAAGCAAGGAAUUAACCCUCUUCCAAAACCACCCCCUGGUGUUGGUCUUCUCCCAACUCCACCAAGACCUUCUCCAGGUGAUUCCUCCACGCCUAUGGAAUUUGGAAUGCCUGGUGCUCCACAUGGUAAUAUCCCUCCAAGUGGUCCACCAGCUCCAGGCCCUGGUGCUGGCCCAGGUCCUGGUCCUGGAGUUGGGCCCUGCCCAGGCCCCCCUCCUCCUUGCCCAGACGGAGGCAACUUCCAAGGGCCACUAAACCCCAACGGUCCUCCACCACCUAUGGGUCCACCACCUACCUGUGGAGGAAAUGCUGGGAAGAAGAUCCCCUCCUUGUUUGAGAUUGUGGUGAAGCCCACAGGACAGCUAGCACAAAAACUGGGUGUCAGAGGACCAGGUCCUGGCAACGCUGCUGCAGGUUCUGCAGGACCUCAGGGCCCUCCUGCAGGUCCCCCAGGUGCACCUCCACCUCGCUUUCCCGGUGCCCCACCACCAGGACACAUGGUUCCAGGCGGUCCUCAUGAUAUGCCUCCUAUGGGCCCAUCUAACAUGAAUCAAGGCCCUCCAUCAGGACCGCCAAUGAUGCAGAAUUUUGGCCAGGGAGAAGGACCACCAAAUCCGGGCAUGAUGCCUCCAGGUGGUGGAUCAUCUGGUAACAACUUCUAUGAUAACUUCUACCAGCAGCAGCAAGUCAUGUCAAUAGAUGGAGGCGGAAGAGAUGGUGAAAACUUUCAGGGGGCUAGGUGGUGGAAACUUCAAUGAUCAGUCACCUGGGAACCAGAACUCUGGAAGUAUAGAGGGUGCAGCUAAUGUAGGCCCAUCUAAUCCGCCUGGGAUUGCAGUGCCAGAUUUCUUGCCCCCAGCGCAGCGUGUGCUGUUUAUGAGACUCCAGCAGAAACAGCAGGAGGAUGAGGAGAGAGCCAGGAGGCUGGCUGAAGGAGGAGGAACUGAGAGGGAGAAUGAAGGAGAUUCAGCAAACUGGUAUUCUAGUGAAGAUGAAGAUGGUGGUGGCAGUGUCACUUCCAUUCUCAAAACUUUACGGCAACAAACCCAGACCCAAGGCCCUGCCAAGCAGGAUGGAGCUCCCAGUGACCCUCGUCUACAAAAGUCUCAGCCCGCACAGGCACCCAGCCGACCAGCAGACCCCCGGCUGGCCCGAGAUCCACGUCUGUCCCGGAACACAGACUCUCAGGCACCCGAGGCCAGUG